AAUAAUUACUACAUAAUACAUUAGCCCCAUAUGAGGGGAUAAAACAUAAAAGAAGCUACUUAACUACAAGUUGUGCAAAGUCAGUGUUUCUACUAAGGGUCUUAGGUCCAGAACCAAUCAUCAUGAGUUUUCUUGUCUGUCUGUCUGUCUGUCUGUCUGUCUGUCUGUCUGUAUGUAUGUAUGUAUGUAUGUUUGUCUAUUUGUCCACAUCUGUCAGCGUAUUUAUUUGUCCUUCUGUAUGUCUGUCUGUCCACUUGUCAGUUCCCUGUUUGUUCGUCUGUCCAUCUGUCAUUUUAUCUUUUGUUUAGUUUGUUGUCUGUUUGUCUGUUCCUCUACGUAUACCUUUUUAGAAUUUCUGUCUAUCUACGACAACACAAUUCUCCAUCACAACCAUUUGUUUGCAACGUACGUCUACACGAACAGGAGUACUAUAGAUGGAUGUUUCGUUACGUCUACGUUGACAGACUUCGAACUGUCCCUGCGUAGCAGACACAUUAUCGGAAGUUCGGCUAAACGUGUCAUCGUUGUGAAAGUAACGGCAAGAAGUACGAUCUAGAGCAUCCAAGAAUGAGUGAGAGAGACAUCACAACAUUGAAUAGCAAACUACUGAUCACUGUGAGGAGCAAUUCACGUGAUGAGGUUGAAAGUCUUUUGGAUCUUGGAGCUGAAGUGGAUGCGCAUGAUGAUGUUGGAAGGACUGUACUGAUGAUAGCUUGUAGGAAUGGCUCCAAGUCAUUAGUUGAGCUUUUGGUGGGUAGAGGGGCAGAUGUGAAUAGAACUAGUGAUAGGGGUGGAACUGCUCUGAUGUGGGCAGUAGCGCACGGUUAUGAUGAAAUCAUUGAUAUUUUAUUAACAGCAAAAGCAAAUGUUAAACAGAAGAAUGAGUUUGGUUUGACUGCUUUUGAUUUGGCUAUGGGACGUGGUCACAUGUCAACAGCUGGUCAGUUGGUGUUGGCAAGUGAAAGAGUUGAAGAUCUUACAGUUAAGACUCGUCCUCUCGUGUUCCAUUGGGCAUGUAAGAACAAGAGAGUUGAUGUUGCAAGAAAUAUUGUGGAACAUCAUGGAACAGAAUGGAAGGACGACGAUGGUCGUGAUGCAUUGGAUAUUGUGGCUGUUUAUGACAACGUGGACAUUGCAGACAUCAUCCUGAAGAGAAGACUGUCACACAGCAUUGAUACUACUGUUUCUAUGUCAAUGAAAGAUGUUGCAGUCGAGACUCGAUGUGUCGUGUUACACUGGGCACACAAGAACAGUAGAGUGGAUGUGAUAAGAAAGAUUGUGGAGCAGGGAACAGAAGAAGGACAGAUUGGGACGAACUUUACUUCACUAUGCUGCUGAUCAUGGCAACUGUGAUGUGGUUGAUGUUCUCUUGAGCAAGAAGGCAGAUGCUGAUGCUUCAGACAAGUAUGGGGAGAGACCUUUCGAUUUCGCUGUGACAAGAGGUCACAUGUCAACAGCUAAUCGGUUGUUUUCAAUAAUGCAGUCAGUUGAAGAUAUUGCAUUAGAG